GGUGGGUUCCCUGCUCGUAGGGUGAGGCCCAACCUGGAGAAAUCGGGGGACAGACUUUUUGGUUAGGAGUAUCUGAACACCACCCCUCAGUUGGUCCUCAAGCCCACCACUCCUGUCACCUACCCAGUGCUUCUUAAGCCCUAUUUCUUGCUACCCGGUCCAGUUGAUCUUCUGUUUUCAUUAAAUCAAGAGGACCUGUCCCAUGUUACCCCUGGAGUUUCAGCUCUCUACAUGUGUACGUUAAAAGUUUAAGUGGACGAAGCCAGUGAGGGAGCCCAGGAACUCGGUUUAAGCCGCACUUUGACAGUCUGUGAACCUGUUUGACAACUUUCUCCCCUCUCUGCCUCUGUGAACGCCUGUGCACCAACGAAAUAGCCACCUAGAUCCGCUGUGGUCAGCGUCAGCAAAACAGCAAGACCCAGCUAUGAAUCUGUUGUCUUCGUCCUCCUUUAAAUCUCAGCAAUAUUUCAGAGAGAGAGAGAGGGAGAAAAAAAAUACUGUUCAGCUCAAAAAUUUCCUCUAAAUGAUACAAGGAAAACGCCGCCGUUCCGUUUGUACCCUAGAUGUGGGCUGCAGGGCUGCCUGGGCUCUGCUAACAAAAGCACAAAGCGUGAAUGGCCUGGUGAUGGCUGUUUUUUCGCCCUUGGACGGAGAGAUGAGAUCACGAUUUUCACGAAGAGAAGAAACCGCCGCUGCCAGGCGGUUGAGGCUGCCGUUUCCCCUCCCCGCGCGGGUCCCGCAUUACAUCACUGGUGAGCUCUGGCUUGGGGGUGGGUGGGUGAAAACGAGGCUUCGCCAGGGACCCAGCCCCCGGGCGAGGAGGAUAAACAGAAACACACUGGUGGGGAGGUCGUGUCGAGGAAAAGAAAGAAGGAAAACUCAGGAACCGGUUUCCUGCCACCACCCCGCGUAGGGGGCGGGGGACUGCUGGGGUAAAAGGCAACAUCUUUAUGAAGCAGCCGCACCCCAAAUCUCCUUCCCGCGCGCCUCCAGGCCGCCCUCAACUCCCAAUUUCAAGUCCAACAAAAACCGAUAUCCUAAGCUGCUGGGAAAGCUGCGUUGAGGAGGCCGAGGGGGACUGCAGAGGAGCCCAGGGACGGGGAGGGACCGUGGUUCACGCGCCGGGGGCGGGGGGCGGGGAGGCGGGAGGGGGAGGCGGUCGCUGCUGCGCCCCCGCCUGGCCCAGCCAGCGGUGCCUCCCCCGCCAGGCGACAGCAGUCAGAGGGGGGAGGCAGAAGCGCCUCCUCCCCGCCCGGAGCCCAGGCGGCGGUGCAGGGGGAGGAAGGCACCUCACCUUGCCCCCGAUGAGGGGCGGAUCAUGCCAUGGCAGCGCCGGCGAGCGACAGCGGCGGCAGCCAGCAGAGCCCAAGCAGCAGCCCCGGGAGCCGGGAGGGAGCUGGGGUCGCCGCGAAGGGAGCCCCGGACUGCGGAGACGCAGGAGCCCGGGACGCAGCGGAGACGGUCUCCGGCCUCCCUCCGCUUGAGGACUACGAGUGCAAAAUCUGCUACAACUACUUCGACGCGGACCGGCGCGCGCCCAAGCUGCUGGCGUGCUUGCACACCUUCUGCCAGGAGUGCCUGAGCCAGCUGCAGCUCCGCGCCGCCGCCGCCGCCGCCGCUGCCGCCGCGCCUGAGCGCCCGCCGCGCCCGCCGCCCUGGCUCUGCCCGCCCGGCGCCAUCGCGUGCCCGGUGUGCCGCCACCGCACGCCGCUGCCCGACAGCCGCGUGCACGGCCUGCCCAACAACACCAAGCUAGCCGAGGCCUUCCCGCUGGCUUUGCGCGCAGCGCACGACCCGCUGCCCCAGGACCGCCUCCCGCCGCUGCCCGCGCGCCUGCCAGCGCCCGCUGCUGCCCCGCCGCCCACCCCGGCCCCGCCACCGCCGCCCUCCCCCGCCCCACCGCAGCCGCCGCCGCCGCCGCCGCCUGCCGAGGACGCGGCCCCCGGGCCUCGAGCCCGCCCCGGCCUGCGCGCCCCGGGCGCCUACGACAGCUGCCAGAACUGCAAGCGCGCGGCGCUCACCGCCGGCUGCGUGUGCGUGGUCUUCUCCUUCCUCUCCAUGGUGGUGCUGCUCUUCACCGGCCUCAUCUUCGUCAACCACUACGGCGGCGGGGGAACCCCCGGAGGCGGGGCGCCCCCUGGCGAGGCACCGGCCACCGGGUCGCCCUCGCCCUCGCCCGUGGGGCCCAUCUGCCUGUCGGUGGCCAGCAUCCUGGCACUCUUCUCGGUCGUUGUCACCUGGGUCAUCUGCUGGCUCAAGUAUCGGCCCGAGGGUGCGGCCGCGGGCUCGACGGGGGGCAGCGGCGGCGGCGGCGGCCCGAGGGCAAGGGCUGCGGCGGGCGGCGCGCGGAGGAGCGACACAUAGCCGGGCCGCGCCGCGGAACUGGCGCCUGCACCUCCAGCCCCGCGCGGCGGGAGAAGAGGGGGCCUCUGGUUCGGUGCGCUCGAGCUUCUGCACCCUCUCCCUGCUGCCCCCGGGCUCUCCUGAACUCACACCCUCUCCCAACUCGGCCACUGAGGAGCCUCGGUUUUCUGUCCCUCGGGCUUCUGUCGCCCCUCGCCCUUCGCGCUGGGCCAGAGAGGGAAACUGAACAGGAAGGGAUGUUGGUCGGGGGGGGGGUCUCUUUUGCCUGGACUGUGCAAAAUUGACCUCCGCGUUAUGCACCACCCUCGAGCUCGUCAGAAUGUGCGGCCAUCCCUCCCUAGAGCACAAAGAUCUGCAGAGACGAAGCAAGGGGAGGGGGAGCCCCACCGCCCCGCCUGAAAGCUGGUUUUCUGGCCGCCAGGACUUGAGAGUUUCUUUAAAGGUGCAGCUGCGCGCGUGCACACGUGCAUCUGUGGCGGCUGUGAAUGGACUUGAAUUGCCCGGAGGAAGAAUGAAUGGGAUGUAAACGUGAGAGGAAAAGGGUUUCCUGCUUCCUAGCGGUCCUGGAAAGGGAGAGAUCCUGAGCGCUGAGAGUGACGGACACUCCCCGCCGGCACAGCGCGGGCGUGCCCUGAGCUGCUGGAAGAACAGGCAGGCAGCAGCUGGGCGCGAUGGGGCAGGUGCACGGCGCGCGUGCGCGCUCGGAGCCGACUCAGAGUGGCCGAGGCGGCGGCGCGCCCAGGGCGGUGGGCCCUGUUGCCCAUGGCCGGGUGUUGUCUGGAGCAGAGCCCAGAAGUCUCAUCUCCUGGAAGCUUGUGGUUGUUUUAUUCACGGUGUUACUGCCAGGAAGUCAUUUCAUCUUCUGUAACUAGACUCAGGGAGCUUAAAGAGCCUGUUCUCCCUUCUCUCAAAAGUGGCUUACGGUUGCCCCCACCUGGAAGAUAUUGAAAGCUAUUCACACAGAAUAUAAACUGGAUUUUCUCCUUCCCUUCGCCUUUUUUUCUUAAUUUCAUUUAACAUAUAAUUUAUUUUUGAAUAUAUAAAUCUGGAAAUUUUUGUGCAUUAAGAUUUCCAGAAAAUUGUUUGAUAAGCAGUGACAUUAUUCCCAUACCUCGAGUCCAAAUACAUUUCGAAAUUAGGAGCAGAAAAUAAAAGCCUGUUGGUAAUUGAUUCAAUAUUUUAUACUGUGAAAUAACUAAUGACUUUUAAUUAUCUGAUAAAAUAUAAACUAGUGCCCAAAGUUGAAAUCAACUAACUGAAGGUCUUUCUGCCUUUGGCUACAAAGAUAUAUAUCGUAUACACUUAUUAGAAAGUAUUAUAUGAUUUUGAAUUUAGCUGUUUGAUAUUGUUGGAAUUACUGAAAUGUUCACAUACAGUCACAUGAGAUGAAAAAGAAUAUAUAUCUAUCUGAUUUUGUAGCUACAAAGAUGAAUUGCCAGUAUAUGUUGCAAGUGGGUUAGAUGCCUUUUUUUUUUAAGAAGGAAAACUGUUCCAAAUGUAUUUUAUAUGAAAACAUUCUUUAUUCCAUCUUUUGAAAUUUGGAAUAAGACAAAGUUUUCAUGCUUAAAAAUCACAGAAUCUACUGAAGGUAUGCUAUUAUUCCUCGAGUAUUUAUGCAAGCUGUCUGCAUGAUAUCCUGACACUAUUCUAUUAAUUGAACUUGAAUCGAGCAUUUGUAUCUAUCAUAGGAGUGAAGCAAUUUAUUGGCCAUUGAUAAGUGGUUUGGCUGCAAUGUAGAAACUACAGUAUGAAGUGUUUUAUGUCUGCAUUGUCUUAAUAAUAAAAACAAGAGGUAUUUAUAGAAA